CAAAAUGAGCUUAUUUAAGAACUUAAAGGACAGGUUUUGCAGUUUUCAUCUGGCACCAUCUAUUUGUUUCUUUUCCCAAAACUGACUGUACAUUUGAAAGUAACACAAUUUUAUUAUAGAAUUCUAUGAAAGAGGGAUUCUUGGAUUGGAACAACACUGUAGAAGUGAACAAAAGGUGGAAGUGACUGAAACGAACCGUGUCUGGCUGCAUGAAGUCUGUGGACUUUAAACUUAUUUUUAUUACAUUUAUUUGGACUUUUAUGUCUUAAAUUGGCCUAUUCAGUCAUAAUGAGGACAAUAAAGUCUGAUUUGCCCAGCUAACAUUCAGUGGUUAUAUAGUAUAUAGAGUAUGAAUUUGUCCACAGGUUACAUGUAAAUUUAUAAUAAUUUAUAUAGUACAGAUGCAUGGGACCUGCAUGGUUUCACUUGGAAGAUGUAGCCUUUCUAGAUAUGCAGACGUGGUACUGUACUGUACUUUGCAACUUAACUUUAAUUCAAGUUCAGCAUGUUCACAGUCUCUGUAUCACCAAAUUCAGUCUAUAUUUGCGGCUAUGAUUAUGAAAAUGUCUCUUUUAGUCACUUCUUUUUGUUGCAGGCCUCUUGAUGAGUGCAUGCAUCGUAGCAUUUAAUAUACUUUUAUCAUUGGAAAUACUCUCUGGUGGAUGGGGCAUUCCCAGCAUUGGCUCUUUUGCAUCAUCUAAAUCUCUAGAAAAAAUGUGACAGUAGUAAAUAGAGGAUACAAAGUGAGCUCUGAGAAGAAACAGUGUUGUAACACUGACCUGACCUCUGCUUUUCAGAUGUCAGAGUUUUCAGAGAUGUUCUUUGUGCUUUCUAAAAGUACAGAGGAUAUGGAUUUUGGAAUCUCCCUACUGCUCAACCCUGAAUGCUAAAUUUUGUUACAAUCGGCCUCAUACCAUAGGCAUUUACAGUGAACUCUUUUUCCAAACCAACUGUUCUUCACUGUUGACUGAGCCACCCUUCAGUUCAGAGACGAAGAGAAGAGGAGGUUCCAAAAGAGUCCAGUCCAUUUAUUAACCCAGAAAAUGACGAAGAACAGUACUAUGAAGGCAAAAAUAUGGCUCUGUUUGAGGAGGAAAUGGACAGGAGUCCCAUGGUGUCAUCCCUUCUCAACAAGCUGGCCAACUACACCAACCUGACACAGGGUGUUCGUGAGCAUGAGGAAGAGGCCGAAAAUGAAGAUGGUGUCAGAAGGGUCCCUGUCAUGGUCCCUCAGAUGGGAACCUUUAUUGGAGUUUACCUGCCCUGCAUGCAAAACAUUCUGGGUGUCAUUCUCUUCCUGCGCCUCACUUGGAUCGUUGGAACUGCAGGAAUCUUGGGCUCCUUUGCCAUCGUCUCCAUGUGCUGCAUCUGUACAUUGCUGACAACCAUAUCAAUGAGUGCCAUAGCAACAAAUGGUGUGGUACCAGCCGGUGGUUCAUACUACAUGAUCUCCAGGUCUUUGGGUCCAGAGUUUGGAGGAGCAGUGGGCAUCUGCCUCUACCUGGGGACCACUUUUGCUGGAUCCAUGUACAUACUCGGAACGAUAGAGAUUCUACUGACGUACAUCGUUCCCACGGCAAAAGUUUUCAAAGAAGGAGGAGAUACUGACUUUCUCAAUAACAUGCGUGUUUAUGGAACAUGCUGCCUGGUCUUGAUGGCACUAGUGGUGUUUGUAGGAGUGAAAUAUGUGAACAAACUAGCCCUGGUUUUUCUGGCCUGUGUAAUACUCUCAAUCAUGGCUACAUAUGCAGGAGUUGUCAAGACCCUCAUUGAACCUCCAGAGUUUACUGUUUGUCUGUUGGGCAACCGUUCAUUGAGGAAUGAAAAGUUUGAAACAUGUGCAAAGACAGAGUUGGUGAAAAACGAAACUCGUACAACGGAUCUGUGGCCCUUGUUCUGUGACAAUAAAUACCUCAAUGCCACGUGUGAUGAAUAUUUCAUUGUUAACAACCUGACAGAGAUCCAGGCCGUACCUGGGCUUCUGAGUGGAGUGAUCAAAGACAACUUGUGGGGCAACUAUGAUCCAGCUGGGGAAAUGUUAGAGAAGAAAAGCCAGCCAUCAGUACCAGUGCCAGAACAGACAGAAGACACUAAAAAGCCCUAUGUCUUUAAUGACAUCACCACAUACUUCACUCUGCUGGUGGGAAUAUACUUCCCCUCAGUCACAGGUAUUAUGGCUGGUUCUAACAGGUCAGGUGACCUCAGAGAUGCACAGAGGUCGAUUCCAAUAGGAACCAUUAUGGCAAUUCUCACCACCUCCUUUAUUUACAUUUCCUGUGUGGUCUUGUUUGGAGCCUGCAUCGAGGGAGUGGUGCUCAGAGAUAAGUUUGGCUUUUCUGUGAAGAAGAACCCAGUCAUUGGUAUCCUGGCAUGGCCGUCGCCUUGGGUGAUUGUAAUUGGCUCCUUUUUCUCUUGUUGUGGGGCUGGACUCCAAAGCCUGACCGGUGCCCCUCGGCUGCUGCAGGCCAUUGCUCGUGAUGGCAUUAUUCCUUUCUUACAGGUCUUUGGUCAUGGAAAGGCCAACAACGAGCCGACCUGGGCUUUGUUGCUGACAGUUGGAAUCUGUGAAAUAGGAAUCCUUAUUGCUUCCCUGGAUGCUGUCGCUCCCAUCCUCUCAAUGUUCUUUCUCAUGUGUUAUCUGUUUGUCAACCUGGCCUGUGCUGUGCAGACCUUACUCCGUACACCCAACUGGAGACCACGCUUUAAGUUCUACCACUGGACAUUGUCCUUCCUGGGGAUGAGUCUGUGUCUCUCCCUUAUGUUUGUCUCAUCCUGGUACUACGCUCUGGUCGCUAUAGUGAUUGCUGGAUGUAUCUACAAGUACAUUGAAUACAGAGGGGCAGAAAAAGAGUGGGGAGAUGGAAUCCGAGGCCUGUCCUUAAACGCAGCCCGUUAUGCUCUCAUUCGUCUGGAGGAAGUACCACUGCACACAAAAAACUGGAGGCCUCAGCUGUUGGUGUUAUGUAAGCUGGAUUCUAACCUGAAAGUGAAACACCCACAUCUCCUUUCAUUUACAUCCCAACUGAAAGCUGGAAAAGGUCUGACCAUUGUCUCAUCAGUGCUGGAAGGAACAUACAUGACCAGAGGGGCUGACGCCAAGACUGGGGAAGAGAAUCUAAAAGCUGCCAUGGCUGCAGAGAAAACCAAAGGCUUUUCCCAUGUGGUGGUGGCAUCCAACCUGAGAGAUGGUUUCUCCCUGCUUAUCCAAUCAGCCGGACUGGGAGGAAUGAAACACAACGCUGUCCUGAUGGCCUGGCCAGCUGGCUGGAAACUGGCCCAGGACUCCUCUGCAAGGCAGAAUUUUAUAGAAACGGUGAGAGAAACCACAAGUGCAGAGCAGGCGCUUCUGGUUGCUAAGAACAUAGACAGCUUCCCCAGUAACCAGGAGCGUCUGACAGAGGGAACCAUCGACGUGUGGUGGAUCGUGCAUGAUGGUGGACUUCUGAUGUUGCUGCCUUUUCUACUUAAUCAACACAAGGUUUGGAGGAAGUGCAAAAUGAGAAUCUUCACUGUUGCCCAAAUGGACGACAACUCCAUCCAGAUGAAAAAGGAUCUCCAGAUGUUUGUCUACCAUCUACGGCUGGAUGCAGUGGUGGAGGUAGUGGAAAUGCACGGCAGCGAUAUCUCGGCCUUCACCUAUGAGAAGACACUGAUGAUGGAGCAGCGAUCACAGAUGCUCAAACAGAUGCAGCUGUCACGCACUGAGAAGGAGAGAGAGGCCCAGUUAAUUCAUGAUCGCAACACAGCCACGAAUGCCAAAGCUGCACGUCAAACCACACCAGAUCAUGUCCACAUGACCUGGACCAAAGACAAAGUGAUCAACGAGAGGAACAAACACAGAGAGAACAUGGCUGUGAAGGACAUGUUUAAUAUGAAGCCAGAGUGGGAGAAUCUAAGUCAGUCGAACGUACGGCGGAUGCACACAGCAGUGAAGCUCAACGAAGCAGUCGUCAAAAAAUCAAAGAAUUCCCAGUUGGUGUUGCUCAACAUGCCAGGACCACCAAAGAACAAGAAAGGAGACGAGAACUACAUGGAGUUCUUGGAGGUUUUGAUGGAGGGCUUGAAUCGUGUCGUGUUGGUCCGCGGGGGAGGUCGAGAGGUCAUCACCAUCUACUCAUAACACUGUUAUGUUUCUAAGCUUAUUGACAUUGUUGGACAAUUGGGAAUACAGUGGGCAGGGAUCGGGGAGGGUGCUAUGAUAUACACUCUCUGAGCCUUCACAGGGAAGCACAUUCAGCAUCAUGCUUCAUUUUGGAGUACCGUAGUGUCUCUAAAGGCAUUUUGUCCCAUCCCACCUUUCAGUGCCUGUUUUAGGGUUUCUAUAUAAUUCCUAUAUAUUUUCCUUCCUACUCCCUUGAUCUGUUUUUAUCAGGCCAUAGAUGGUUGACUGUACCGGAAUUUCAGGGCAGUAGAGGACAUUUUUUCAUGGUAUGACUCAGGACUCUCAUGGCUUUUGAUUAGAAUAGAAUAGAACAGAAUAGAAUUGAGUAGAAAUUAUUGUAGUUAUUGUUGAAUGAGACAACACUAAAAAUGAUUUUCCUUUUUUAUUACAAUAUAUUUUAUUUUUAAAGAUGACAACACUUGAGUAUCCAUUGUGUAAAUAGAUAAUAAUUUUAAGAGAAGCAAUGUCAGGACAUAAAAACAACAAUUCUAGUUCUUUUGUGUCUAAUGCAUUUUAAGUGUGUGACAGUGAAUACAAAAAAUGUGAAUGAAA